GACAUUACAAUUUUCAGCUACAUAUUGAAGUAUACAGAAAUAAUUUAAUUACGGAAAGAAGAUAAAUUAGGUUGAGUUAUACGUUCAAUUUGAAAACAAAAUAUCGUGAUUUAGAACUUUAAAUUAAAUUAGAAGUGUUAAUGAUCGAAAACUUAUUAUAGAAAAAAAAUGAUUAAAGAACAAGAACAUUUUAUGGUGGGUGUCCAACACGCCUUAAGACUUCCCAUCCGUGCUAGAUGUGCUGAAUUGACGGUAUUAUUAGAUAGAGGAAAUCUGGUAGAAUUGCAUAGUUUUUUUCCUAUUUUAAUAGAAAACAUAUUUGGACCACAAGGAACAGUUUCGUGGGGUCUUAGAACUACAACCGAAAAUGACCAAGAAGAUUUCAGACAGCUACAACAUUUUUUAUCACCUUGUGGUCCUAUAUUUAAAUUAAUUUAUACUUUACUAAAAGAUCCAAACAUUAGAUAUGAAUUUUCAUUAGCCUAUUUACCGUCAAAAAUAAAACAAUUUCUGGAAAAUUCCCAAGGACAUCCAUUUUAUUCAGAAUUAUUACACAGUAAUUUGCAAACAAAACAAACUGUAUCAUUGAUGUUGAAUUCUUUUGAUUAUUACAUGUUUCAUUUUGCUUAUCAUCUCAUAAAUCCGUGGCAACAAAGGGCGGGAUCUUCUGUUGUAUCUUGGAAUACAGUAUACUACGUACUAUGUUGUGAUUAUAUUUUACAUUUUCUACCGACUGAUCCGUCAACUAUAAUUCAACCUGUUAUUUAUUAUAAUGGGAAGAAUCCCCUACAGGCAGCUAAAAUGCUUUUAUCUGAUAAACCACCGAGUUCUGGUUUGAUCAACGCUAAGAGGGAAGCUAAAGAUGAAGGUAUUCCGAGCAAUUUGGAUUUCCAUCAUCCAAGAAAUGAUAUUUGGAGAAGUGAAACUGUAUUAACCGUUUUUACUGAUAUGUGGUUACACAAUAAUCAAGUUACUGAUAAUACGAAUAAUUUUAAUAAUUUGAAUACUUUAAAUUCGCCCCAUACUACUACUUUUUUGCACCACAAUGAGCUCCCUACAGGUGAAUAUAUGCGUAUAGUGAGAGUUUUAGUAAAACAGCUGCAUUCUUUUCACGCUAGCGCAAAAGCAGACGAUACGCACUUAGGAGAGUUAAAAAAAAUGUCAAUACCAAUGAUACAAGGGAAGUUUUAUAUAUUUUUGAGAAAUUUGAUACAUCGUUGGCCAUUGGACGGUUCGUUUAGAUUAGUUUUGGAACUUUGGUUGACUUAUUUACAACCUUGGAGGUAUCCACCGAAUAAUUUGAUCAAACAUGUGAAUAAAAAAGAUGUGAACCCAGAUAUCGAUGAUCUGUCUGCUGCUCCUCAAAACGAAGUCGAUUACGAAUACAUUCAGUUUGUAGCUGAAAAUUUAUUGACUUAUACGGUUAUUUUUCAGCAACUAUUACCGAGGUUUGGAAGAGUGGAUUUAGUCAGUCCGAAAAUGUCUUUAAUGCUGUAUAGAAUAGCGAAGGUAUUUGAUCAACCGAAUCUUCCUCAGUAUAUUAGAGAAAUUGAACAGUGCGUGGAAAACAACGGUUCCCCUACAACGCACAAUUACAGUCACCAUUGGACCAAUAAUCUACCUCCACUAUCUCCAACUUCGAAUUGGUCAACUAACACUACCCUACAAAAAAGUUUAACUGUAUCGGAAAAUUUUCAAAAUCGAAGCGGAAGAUUAACAAUCGAGAAGAAGUGGUCAACUGUUGUUAAACAGAAAAUAUUUGAAUUAGAAGGUCCGAAUUUCUGUUAUAAACCGUUAUUUUUGAAUCCUCCGGCUCCAGAAGUGUUCGAUUUGAUUAUUCAGAUCAGAAAGUCUAUUAAGUCUUCUGAAGAUAUAGUACGUGCUAAAGAAGCGGAAGAACGAGAAAAUUUUUCAGGUUUUUGGGGAAAUAUUAAAUAUUUUCUAUCAGGAUCAGAUCCUAACGACGAAUUUACUUUAAAAGAACGACAGAAAGUGCCUCUACAUCUCCAAGUAGCUCUACAGAAUUUAAUCGAUAUGUUUAAUAUAAACAACGAAAUAGUAGAAAGGGAAUACGAGCCUCCAAACUCUUGUGGUACAUCAAUUAAUUCAUCGAACGAUUAUAAGUUCUUGACACCGGAAAGAAUAAGGGCACGUAUUAAAAAUAUUCGAUACGAAGGUGAUCCUGAUCUUAAACCGAUCCAGAGCUACGAAAACGCGUUUUUAGUUAGGAUUUUGUAUCAAAUUGCUUCUAAAAUCAACGAAAUGUACGGUCCCACGUUUUAUCAACUUUACCAUAGGGCUUCUUUCAUGGGGAAACUAUCAAGAGAAAUUCUUUGUCCACCAACUACAAUAUACAGGUAUGAUAAAUCGACACCUGGAUCACCGAGGUUGAGUAGUAAUUUACCGCCGCGAUUGAGCCUUCGUUUUUUGGCCAACUAUACGUUUUUAGGUUAUUUAUUUUUCGGCGCUUUUGUGGCGUACUUAUUAGGAUACAGAAUUGAAAUGUAUUUUGUUUUUUUAAUCGUUAUAUAUUUAUUUUAUAAGAGUUAUAGGGCCUUGAGAACAACUGAAACUCCCGUUAGGCACAAUUAUCCCACACAAGGAUUCGGGAAUAUCAGUUUUAACGAUUCAUUUUGAAAUUAUUUUUAGAAAUAUACAAAGGAGAAAAAAAAACACCAAUAAUUUGUUGUAAAAUACCUUUAUAUUUUUUUGUAUCAAAUAAAUAAGUAAUUAAACGCGUUUUUAAUAAA